AUGACAUGGCAGCCAUAUACGGAGGAUAUCCUUUCUUUACUUCCGGACAUAUGUCGAGAUGAUAGACAUAUUUGGCGUACUUACUCUCCGUUGAUUUGCUUUCACAUUGUUGAGUAUCACUGUCCUGGUCGAGUGAUGCGCCAAUUCGGGUACGAGCAGAUUAUCCCUCUUCCUUGUGACACGAGUAGAUCACUUCACCGUAUUGAUCGUCGAGGAACAAAAAACAAGAAUUAUGUAAGACUUCAUGCUAUCUAUUUAGAAGAGUGGAAUAAGCGUGAAGAUAGAGUUGUAGGUGGCAUUGUCACUAGGGGUCAAACAACAUCUUUGGAUGCCUAUAUGUCUUGGUAUCGGAAGAUCACAAGGCUUAUUAUCACACCGCCUACUCAAGAGCGUCGUUCAACUCAAUACCAACCUGCCUCUACGGAGUUUGUACUGUCUCAGGUACUAGCUGAUGUGGUGAAGAAAUGCACUCGAGCCGUAGAGUCUACAUCUGAUUUGCCCCCUUCAACAGCGUUAGUGUUGGCAUUGCAUACCUUACAAAGCUUAGCAAAUUCUUGCACCGACGCCUUACACGAGGUUGACAAGGAACACCUGCUACAAGAUCUAGGUAUCCCAACUCAUAUGUCGUCAUCUCCUACCCCUGAUUUUCAUGGUAAUGCACAUAGCUCCCCCACUUUAUCACAUAAUUUCAUAAUACCUCGUGCUCCCCGCCCGCCACUACCUCCUCCUUUUGCUCCUCCUCCUCGCCCGCCAACACCUCCUCCUCUUCGCCCACCACCACCACCUCCACCUUCUCCCCCUCCUCUUUUCCCACCACCUUUACCUCCUCCUCUUCUUUCUCCUCGUAUGUCACCACUUGUUGCUCCUAUCCAUUCAUCACCCUUUAGUUCUCCACCAUUAGCAUCUCCCCCACUGCAAGUCACAUACCGUAGACGCCCGCGCACUUCUAUUUUGGACUCCAUUGAAGAGGUGGAUGAAUCUGAUUUGAGAUCGACUCAACAUUCGAAGAAACAACAUAUUUCUUAG